CGGUUCCAGUGUUCUGUCGUCGUCACAUCGUUAACUCACCUCGAAAUCCGCAGGGCCCAUUCAAUGCGUUGUUUACUCCGUCUUACGUCAACGAGUCAACCAGUGUCGUCCUCUAUACGCCGUAGGACUCAUUCCCAGUCACAGAGAGCAGGGGAGAUACUGAUGCUGGGAGACAACCACGUGAUGUGAAUGAUCUGCAUCAGCUGCUGUGAGGACAUUUCAGAUCAAGAAGGAAGGAGAGUGUCCUUGUUGCUACUGACAAACAUACGGUUUUUGUGAGAGCGAAAUGUAUGGUGGUCGCCUUCAGUUUCUGUUGCAGUCGGAAAGAAAGGUUCAUCAAACGCGAAGCUAGUCCAGACAAGUCAAAGACGUGGUUCUGCGUCAUCCACCACGUGUCCAUCAGUUAUCAGAACAACAUGUGACUGGAACGUUAAGGUUCCGUGGACAGAUGUGCAACCGCUACUUGACUAAACACGUCUUAACUACAUACACAAAAAAGGACAGACAGAUAUUCGGCCGUUCGGUUCAAGAAUAUUAUAGGCAACAGCGUUAUCAUCUAGGAACGUCGGUGUAUGAAUGAAAUGUCGCGUUAUUUUCACGUCUUCAUGAGUGAGACCAAGAAGAAUAAUCCCAACCACAUCAAACGGCCAAUGAACGCCUUUAUGGUGUGGUCCCAGAUAGAGCGACGCAAGAUAUGCGAACAACAGCCUGAUAUGCAUAAUGCAGAGAUCUCUAAGCGGUUAGGGCGGCGAUGGAAGAUGCUGUCAGAGGAGGAAAGACAGCCCUUCAUCGACGAGGCAGAACGCCUCAGGCAGUUACAUAUGCAAGAGUAUCCAGAUUAUAAAUACAGGCCCAGAAAGAAAGCAGUGAAACCACUCCCCAAAGUGUCUGCUCCUUUGGCGAAGAAAGGAAGGAAGUCCACCCCAAAUCACCACCUCCACAGGAAUGAUACCAACAACAACCACCACCCCAGCACACUCAGUACAGCCAGCAAAGACAGAAGUGUGUCACAAGCUCAACAGCAUUCACUGAUCCAUUCAGGAGGGUCUACUCGUACCCGCAUCACCAAUACACUCAGUUCAGUGAAUCACAGUAGGCUGAAAGUACGCCUAACCAUUGAUCGAAAGUUCAAAGACAGUAUUCGAAGCAAUCGACAAGCCUCUCCAACUCACCAGCAGUAUGCUCCCCCUCCCCCCACCGUUACUGCCAAGGUACCGUCCAGUCCUUCCUGCGAUACUCCAGAUUCCCCAGAAAGUGCAUCAUUUUAUGAUGACACAUCCAUGCUUCUUGAUGUGAAAUUCAAUCCAACGACAGUCACUUGCCCAUCAGGCUUAACGGCAACCACUACAACCCCUGCAACCACAACAUCUGCUGAGAGUCGCUUAGGAAGAGACUAUGGAAGCCACACAUUCACCUUAAACAGGCUUGACUCUGGAGCCAGUGUAAAAUCCAUCAAGAUGGAGCCCAUGGAUUAUGAGAGUGUGACCAUCAAGGAAGAACCGGUCGAGUGUGAGUCGGAAACUGCUGCCACUGGUGCAACACGAGCAGGAGAGAAUCCAAGCCUUGCCGAUCUAGAUUCCCUCACUGACCUCCUCCAAAUCUCGUCCGACUUCAGAGUGGACCUGGACACACUCACCACAGAUCUGGACUCUUUUGAUACAGCCAGUUCCAGUUCAGGAUCCCACUUUGAGUUCUCAUGCACUCCUGAUGUGUCGGACAUGCUGUCUGAUAUUGGUGUGAACAAUGACUGGGUUGAUACGAGUUUUGCCAGUCUCAUCAACUGUUAAACAGCUGAGUAAGUGAACUGAACUAACUAUUGGUGCUAGUAGGGCACUGUACAAUGUGAGACAUGCAGUGAUGUUUGUUGGUUGUAGUCAUGUGACGAUCAUAAUGCCUGUAGAUAUGGUCACGUUAGUCAUUUUCAGUUUUAUCCUUGCAGGCAGAAACACGAGUGGUCACUGUUUAUCAGUUUAUCAGUGCUUCUUGUAAAACUUAUUUUAACCACACCCUCUUCUGUUAAUUCCAGCAUAAAACUUCUCAUUCUUCCACACAUUUAUUUGAACCUUGUAUAAUUUCUGAAGGAGAAAAUUUAAAAUGACCAUUGUGACAAACAGUCAAGUGUCGACUUUCGUAAGUGAAAAGUCUCUAUAGUACGCGACUGUAAUCUUGAAACUUGCUGAGGAAUGCAGGAAGUCCGAAGCGUUAAAGGCUGACGAUAUCUUUCCAACUUCACCCGACUUCCUCACCCCCACAAGUCUCAAGAUUACUAUCGUGGACUGUACCUUUGCAGCGCCGAAGGUCUGCCUGUCAACGUCACUGGUAUUGCAUUGCAAGGUGUGCAUGAGCUUGGAUGUUUCAAUUCAUUCAUCGUAAUCUGACAUCCUUGGUAGGCCCUACUUGUGUACUCAGUAAGGUUUGAUCUCUUGUACAAUGAAUCAUCAUUUCAUUGUAUGUUUUUAUUAUAUGUUGAGCCUAGUUUCACAGUAGGCGAUUUCUACCACUCAAUAGUGCCUAGAGACCCUUUGCACGGAUCUUUCAUACAAAUAUGGUUGAGGAAAAAUUCGCCUCAUUAUUUCUGACUCCAGGGAAAACUAUAUCAGGCUGUGAUUACCGAACUCUGGUGACCAAACUUAUGUUUAUCUGAAAGUUGACGACACGUAGGUGCCGGAAAUUACUCCCGCCAGUAUAUUUGUUUGCAUUCAUUCACCAUUUGUCUUGUGGUGGCCGAUGUCUAAACUGUAUACCCUUCAGUAGGGCCUAACUGAAUUUUAAUUCAGCAAAUUGCACUGAAUCAACAAAGCUAUACUUAAGGGAAAUUACCCUCACAUAUCACAUGGUACAUCGUUUGUCAUUAUUAUUGUCAAAUUUAUCAUGUUUGUUUUUUCUUUGACAGUGCAAGGAAUUUAACGUGCUUUUAAAUUUAAUUGCUGUAACCAUUAUAGUAAAACGUAAAAAAAGUCAUAAAAUGUGUACUUAAUUAGAAUAUAAAAAAUUGAAAAGAGAAAAAUGCUUUGAGGUAUGUACAAAAUCAAGAAAGCACAGUCGGACUUUUCAUCUCGCCUAUGUAAUCUGUGUGUUUCCAGUAAUUGAGGUGUAUAAAUUGAUAAAUUUAUGGUGUAGAAGAUACUGAAAAUUGUUUUUAAAAAUUAACAAAUUAUCUAUGAAUAAGCUGCGUUAUGUAAAGCCACUUGAAUUUUCUUUAAUCUAGGAAUAGGUCGUUCACACGUGAUUAUUCUAGACCUUAUUGACUUUAAUUUAACCCUAUAACUAACUACGUGGAACGGAAUCCUUCGUGAUUCUAAUGUUGGUUUAGCUUGUCAAUACAUUUUCUCCCAUAUUUAAUAAAAUCUUAAAGAAAAAGAAAAUUAAAAAAAGUUCUUGAAACGACACAAUUUGAACUAGUUAUAGAAUCUUUGUGCGGGGCUUUUAAGUAUGGCAUCUUCCUCGUUGCUACUGCAGUGUCACAUGUCUUAGGUUUUGCAAGAAUUUGGGUUCCUUAUUUUCAAGUCUGAACAUGGACCACAAAAUUUCAUUAGGCCAAAUAAAAAAAUCUAAAUGAGACAAACAUUACGGAAUUUUAAGAUGUGUAAUUGGAGCACACAUUGACGUGUCAUUUUCCCUUUAUAUUUCAGUAAUUAUCAGAUAAUGCGUUUUAAUGUCAAUUUCACGAAAGACUUAAAGGAGCCAGUAGUGGUGUGUGGGUCCUUGGUUUUCCUCAGUUCUUUUUGGUAAAUUACGAAAGGAUAAUAUUUUUUUUUGAACUCCCAACCGAAGCAUAAAUUUUUUGAAUGCGUUGGUGGGUCAUUAUACGCUUAUGUACUACAUUAAAUAUACAUUCAAUAUAGUCACUUGUAAGAUAGAGUUAGACAUAUAAAAGCACAAAUAACAUUAUUUGUAACCAUACACAAUCACUUUAUGGGUACUGUUGUGUGGGAGAUGACUUUUUUUUACGAUGAUGACAGAUGUGAUAUAUAUAUAUAUAUAUAUUUAUAUAUAUAUAUUAAGGACGUCUUCUUAUGUGUGCUUUCUCUGAUGGAAGUUCAUCCAUUAUAAGAUGUAUUUGUAUGUUCUGAGCACAGAAGUGCUAUCUCGUUGGAGUGUAUAGGAUUCUUGCUGUGUGUUCCUUAAAACAUGGGUUGUACAACUGUGUGUGCGGUUGUGGUUCUCCGAGUCGUCGUGGAAGAUUUUCCGCUGUGUUUGUAGUCAUAUGAUCAGGUAGUAUUUGUGAAGAGAGCUCUGUAGUUCGGCCAGGGGACGGGGUGGAAUUUUACUUGAGUUUGCAGCCAUGUUAGACGGGAUAUCAUAUCCUUUUGCUCACCUUUUGUACAUUGUAUUCUUUUUGUUUUUAUUGUUAUAUUAUAUGAAAUAUAUAUGCAUAUAUAACCUUUAUAUUUGGUGAGGUAUAAGACAUUAUGUUUAGUAUUGCUACUGUCUUGCUGCAAACUUAUAGGCCCAUGUAGUCACCUUGUUUCCUCCAACAACCGUUGAGUGCGGUGGAGGAUUAUUUGCAACCUCAGAUUAAGUGUGGCAUGUCAGGAAAUUAUUUCGUAAAGUUACACGCAUUCUUAUCAGUGUUCAUAAUCUGUGACCACACAACGAAGGUAGAAACAUCACAAACUGCUUCUCCAUACUUUUAUUUUAGGUGGCAGUUUUAGCCCACGCUAAAACCUUUGAUUAUCUCUCAUCGGGUUGGAAUAAUUUCAAACUGCUCUAGAUACGCUUUAUUUUUCAAUAAUUUAGAGCGUGACUACGAAACAUUACGUCAGAUCUUACCAUUCUCCAGAAAAAUAUUGUAAUUAUUUACCACUACCAUAAACUCAUUUGUGCUCGUCACUUUUGCCAGGGUUUGUUGAAGAAUCCGCCAGUUGACUUGUGGUGAUAUUGUUUCACGUGAACAAGGAAGGCAUGACGAAGAUUAUCAGCUCCUGGCUUGAGGGACGUACUUUGUGCAGCUUUGCAGGUUGUGAUGUAAGCCUGUCGAUAACCAUGUCUCCCAUUGUUUCUAAGUCAGUUUGUGUAUCCUCCAUGCCACUAGUACAUUUUGUAGACGUAAUCCAAUAGGUAGGGCCUAUUUAUUAUUCCAUUUCUAUUAUUUGUGUCUUUUUAUUGUGUGCUUUGUAAAAGAGAAAUACCUUCUGUGCUUUUGUUACGUUAAUAUUUUGUACAACCUCACACUAAAAAGAUUUUACAAGUAAGGAGAUAAUUUAUGAAACAAAUUAGCAAUAUUUUUGCAUAUAAGAUAAAACAGUGUAAAAAAGAGUUCCCCUAAUGGCAUUUUGUAAAACAACCCAUGUACCAUAAUUCAUAUAUAAAUAUUAUAGUUGAAUGAUAACAUGUACAUUUUGUAUUGUAGUUUGUUUAUAAAUAUAUAUGGUAAAUAUACCAUCCCAUUUUUUAAAAGAC